AUGGCUAUUAAUAAUGAUUUACCAUCUAUUGAACCUAUAUCAGUUAAAACUGCGUCGUCUUCUUCAUCCACAUCAUCACCGUUGAAUCAACGAAGACCAUUAGUACAAGUAGCAACAAAUAAUAGUGCAACAUUUAUUCAGUUUCCUACAAGUACAACUCGUCAAGCAUCUACAUUUGUUCCUAUUUGUCGUCCGCGAACAAGUUUAUCUUCAAUACGUUUACCAUUACAUACACUUGAUACUCAAUCAGUAUCAAAUCAAUCCAAAUUUUCAAUUCAUGCUCCAUCAUCUAGUAAUAUUAGUGAUGAUCAUAAACGAAGUCAUUCUCAUCAACGAAUAAAUCCAAUUUUAAGUAAUCCACUUUUAAAUCAUCGUAAAGAACAACCAAAAACUCCUCCAAUAAGACCUUCAAAUGAAUAUUCUCGUACAACGAGAAUUUCUCUAUCAUCAAGACCUUUAAAAUCAACUGUAAAUGAAACUCAUAUAUCAAAUAAUCGUGCACGGACAGCUCCACAUUUAAUUCAUCAAAAAGAACCGAUUAAUACUAAUGUAUCCGACAGACUAACCAUUUCAAUUGACAAAAAACCAAAUGAACAACAAAGUCAAUAUAUUGAUCCAACGAAAUAUGAUUAUAUUACUCGUUGGUUAAAUGAAAUACGAUCAGCAACAUCUUCCAAUGAAACUGUUCGAACAAAAUCUAAACGAAUAAAACGACGACUAACACCAUCUUCAUCAUAA